CUUUCCUAGGCCAUGGCUUCUAGAGCAUCAUCUGGCAUCACUGUUGCUCCCAGACGCUCCAGUAACCUCACCACAAGCGCUGUGCUAACCACUGCCCAACCCAGCUUCAUUGAAGGCCUAAUCAACAAAAUUCCAUUACCCAGAUGGGCUCUCAUAGCAAUUGCUGUAGCAGCAGGCUUAGUCCUGCUACUUUUCCUUAUCUGUAUCAUCAAAUGCUGCUGCUGCAAGAAAAAACGCAAGAAGAAGGAGAAACUCAAAAACAUUAAUGGUGCCUCCACAACAGCCAGCUUGGUCCAGCCUGAUUUGGAAGACAUUGAAUGUGGACUGGAAGAUGAGAAACGAGGACGGCUGCAAUAUUCCCUAGAAUAUGACUUCCGUGGCCAGAAGUUGAAGGUUGGAGUGAAGCAGGCAGCAGAUCUGAAGGCCAUGGACAGUGGGGGUACCUCUGACCCCUACGUAAUUGUCUUCCUGACAUCUGACAUAAGGAAGAAGUAUGAAACAAAGGUUCAUCGUAAGACACUCAAUCCUGUUUUCAACGAGAGCUUCAUUUUUCAGGUCUCCCAAGCAGAGGUGAUUGAAGCUAUAUUGGUCAUGCAAGUGUAUGAUUUCAACCGCUUUUCCAAGCAUGACAUAAUUGGUGAGGUGAGUCUGCCUCUUGUGGAUGUGGACUUACAGCAUGUAAUGGAACAAUGGCUUGAUCUCUCUCCAGCUGGCAAGAUAGAGCAAGAGCACCUUGGAGAAAUCUGCUUCUCACUGCGAUAUGUCCCCAGUACAAGCAAAUUAACGGUAGUUAUCUUGGAAGCCAAAAAGCUCAAGGUUAUGGAUGCAGAUGGAUUAUCAGACCCAUAUGUCAAAGUGCAGCUUAUUCUGAACAAAAAGAAAUGGAAGAAAAAAAAGACAACUGUGAAGAAAAACACAUUAAGCCCCUAUUUCAAUGAAGCUUUUGUUUUUGAAGUGCCUUUCAACUUGAUCCAGAAUGUAGACCUGGUGAUCUCAGUCUGGGAUCAUGACAAAAUGACCAAGGAUGACCAGAUUGGAAAGUUGUUUCUCAGCUGCCGAGCUACAGGGAACCAGUUGCGCCACUGGUCAGAUAUGCUGGCUAAUCCUCGCAGGCCUAUGGCACAGUGGCAUAGUCUGCAACCUGUAGAAGUCAUUGACAAAACUCUGGGACUGAAGACACGCUUCAAACUGCCACUACCCACCAGCUAACCCACCCACCCCAAAGAGUUUUCUCUAUGCCUCUCCAUGCCAGAAGGAAACCCACAGCUAUUAUUUAUUAAGGAAGACCUGAUACCACAAAUCACCACAUCUGGUUCAGUUAAAGAUAUAGCUGUAUUAUUAUUCUAGACAAGGGGAGGCAAGGCAAGGCAUUAUGCCACUGUAUCCCACAUUUAGGUAACCAGCAGUUAUCUCAAGGCACCCUGCCAUCAGGAUCAUUCUUCUGAAGAGAAUUUGAACCGCUGCACAGGUCUCUUUAUUGGUGUUCUCUGGGACUGGAGAAGAUAAGGAAGCAAGAGAAUGACAAGUUGGCCGAAGUGGGAGAUGAAAAAUCAGUGCACCAACCUCCGUACUUCCCUUUUAAUGUCUUAACAUUAAGAUUAAGAAAUGGCGACAUUUCACAAGGAGGCAGGGGUGAAAUGCUACCAGUUUGCACCGGUUCGGGUGAAUCGGUAGCAGUGGUGGUUCAUGGUUCGGCGAACUAGUAGCGGUGGCAGCGCGAGGCUCCAUCCACCUGCCCAGACAUCGUUACUUCCUGGUUUUAACGAGGAAGUAACCUGUUUUGACCCUCUGAGCAUGCACAGAGUGCUUUGCGCAUGCACAGAGGGUCCAAAAUUGCACGUGAUGUGCGCACGGGCAGAGCGUGCACUUCUGAACCAGUAGAGAAGGUCCACGCAGGGGGAAGAUUUCACCGCUGCAUGGAGGCUGAAAAAACCCACUGCCUGUUGGGGUGGGAAGGAAUGGCAAAGCCCUACUGCACUUUAGGAAGAAGUGGAGAUCAGGAAAACUGUCUGCCCCAUAGUGUCAGAGCAAAAUAGCAGAAAUGGAAGUUAAUCAACUCAUCAGCUGAUGAUUUCCCUGGGUCUAAAGGUAUUUAGAAGACAGAGAUGUGGGGCCAAUCUUAGACACAACCUUGUGAAUCCAACAAAAAUUGAUACAUUCAACAAUGGUAUCUACUGUACUAUCAUGGAUCAAAUCUAUUGCUUUACUUUGAUGGGAAAAAAAACUUGUAGCCCUUCAAAAUCAAACUGUUAACGUAUCAAUAUAGGGACUUGUGUAGGUCAGGUUUUUUCCUCUAGAUUUAAGAGGAAAACAAAACUCGAAAAUAACCGUGGUUAGAGUUGUGCCCCCUGUUCUUAUUAAAUAUUUUAAAAAUAAUUUACUUUGCCAUUCAAGAUAUGUGUGCAGCCAUUAUAAAUUUCUUUUGGCAUUCACAGCAGCUUUUUUUUAAAGAAAGCUUUAAAAAAAGAUGAAACAAGUGCAAAUAAUGAUUGUAUAUAUGAAAUGAAUAAUUUAAAUGGUGGAUUCUUUGUUCUCAAGGAUCAAAAGAAAGGCUACCAUUCUAGCUCUUUAGGGAUGCACCAAUGUCCCCUUGCCUGAUGGGAUGCUUCAAGAUGGACUAUUAAUUGGAUACAGUGGUGGAUUUCAAAAAGUUUUACUACCGGUUCUGUAGGUGUGGCUUGGUGGGCGUGACAUGGCUUGGUGGGCGGGCUUGGUGGGCAUGGCAGGGGAAGGUUACUGUAAAAUCCCCAUUUCCUCCCAAUCAGCUGGGACUUGGGAGGCAGAGAAAAAAUGGGGGCGGAGUCAGUUAGAAUUUUUACUACCUCUGAGCUACUCAAAAUUUCCGCUGCCAGUUCUCCAGAACUGGUCAGAACCUGCUCAAACCUACCUCUGAUUGGAUGGCACAAAUAUUAAUUUCACAUUAUGCUUGCACCUGAUAUAAAGCCUUACUCCCAUUGUGCAUUUACAUGACAUAUAUGUUUUCUUCUUCUUGGAAGAAAUAAUAAUUUAAGAGUAAUAAUUAAAAAUGAUAGCAAAUUAGUAAAACAAACUAACUGAUCCUUUUUAAGAAUAGCUGUACAUUAUUCUAUCAUACCCCUUAUCUUAUACUUUAUCUCAAGGAUCGUUCCUGGGUUGUUGUUUCCCUGUUGAUAUUUGCAACGGCCUCUUUGUAGCUAUUGGUGCAAUACAAUUGCAAAGAAAUACUUUUUCUGUGUUUCAAGAUCCGGUUGAUGCAGUGAGCUUCUGUCACAGGCUCCAGCUCCUGCCAACUCAGCAGUUCGAAGAUGGGAGACUGCAAGUAGAUAAACAGGUACCACUUUGAUGGGCAAUUUAUUUGGGACAUGAAAGCCCCCCACCCCCGCAAUUCGGCAUCCCCUGGACAAUGGCCAUGUUACCUUUCAACCCUUUCAACCCAGAAGUGCUUUGGUACUCCUGACACAAAGUAGUACUAGUAGUAUCAUAUAGGCAUGAGAUAUGGGACAUGAUACACCAGAUGGGGCAUCACAUGACAAACACUAUAUUGGACAGCAAAAUCAGCCACUAGCUGUUUCUGUGGAAGAGCUGAUCCUUUAUCUACUCUUUAUUAGCUGAGGUUAUCUUUAUCUAUCCUUUAUUAGCUGAGCUUGCUUGGUUUAACCAGGCAGUCUAGGAACAGCAACAGGAAGCAAAGCAAAAACAAAAACAGAACAAAACAGCUAAACAUUGUGCUUUUAAAACAAGGUGACAUUUGGACUAUUGCAAGCAACUCAUGCUUAGAAUUCUAAGGAAAAGCAUUUGCAUCGCUAUAAUAUGCAGACAUCUUCCGCUUCAUUAGACAAUCAAACUUCUUUGGAAAGCUAGUCUGCAAACAGACAGAGGGGCAUUCAAGAAUACAAGGAUUUCUGAUGAAGAGGUUUCUUGUAGAAAAAUUAAUGAAGCCGUUACAAAACAAUUCCAGAGACUGCAGGUUAUCCAAGGUAAGUCCUAUUGAUAAAGAAAGCCAAUUUCACGUUCUUGUGCCUCUUUCUACCUUCUGAAUGUAAAGAGCUAGAAGCCAUUUCUUUGAGGGCAGAAUAUGAUUUCCACAAGCACAUCAAAGACAGACAUUCCUUCAUGAGGUCUGGCUCCUGUUCCCAUGGGUGCCAUUUGAGACCAAAUGAGGACUUGUUGCAAAAUAUCAAAGAGUCUUGACUUUUGUGGCAGGUCCUCAAAUUGAACUCCACAAUAUAUACCAGUAUAUCUACAUGCAAAAGGUAAAAAUAUAUAGAUAUACAUACAUACCAGUGGUGGGUUUCAAAUUUUUUUACUACCGGUUCUGUGGGUGUGGCUUGGUGGGCGUGGUCUGGCUUGGCUUGGCUUGGCUUGGCUUGGCUUGGCGGGCAUGGCAGGGGAAGGAUACUGUAAAAUUUCCAUUCCCAACCCACUCCAGGGGAAGACUACUGCAAAAUCCCCAUUUCCUCCUGAUCAGCUGGGACUUGGGAGGCAGAGAAUAGAUGGGGGUGGGGCCAGUCAGAAUUUUUACUAACGUUUCUCCAAUCUACUCAAAAUUUCCGCUACCGGUUCUCCAGAACUGAUCAGAACCUGGUGAAACCCACCCCUGAUACAUACACAUAUACAAUUCAUAUACCAUGUUUCCCUGAAAAUAAGACCCUGUCUUAUAUUUUUUUGAACCCCGAAAUAAGAGCUUGGCCUUAUUUUCAGGAAGGUCUUAUUAUUUUGGGACACAAGGAGCAAGAUGGGGCUCCUCUUGUCAUCUUACCUGAUUUCCAGCUCUGCGUUUAAAUAUUUUUGGGGAGGGCUUAUUUUCAGGGGGAGGCUUAUUUUACCGCAUGCACUCAAAAGCCCGAUUGGGCUUAUUAUCAGGGGAUAUCUUAUUUUCAGGGAAACAGGGUACAUAUACAUAUAUGAAACAUACAAGAAAGUAAAGAUAUAUACCCUUAUCAAGCAAGAAGCCAGCAAAAUGUUCAAAUGUUCAAAAUUUAGCACCACCUACUGAAAACAAUGGGAAUGUGUCUGAACCUCAAGGCAUUUUUCUUAUUGAGACUGAUGUCACCAUCAAAUGUGCUACCAUACAGAUAUUUUAAUAAUUUCCACUAUUCAUAUAACUUAAAUAUGGAUAUUCUAGCCACUCAAUCCACCAGUCAAGUAAAACAAGUAGGAUAUCAAAGGAGUCAUUGGUGUUAAACUACAGUGAAAACAGCCUUGUUUUUAAAUUACUUUAAUCAUUCUGCACAACAGAAUUUGGAAGCUGAUCUGUUUUGUUCAAUGAUUUCAGUUGAUGUAAGUGCUAUAGCCUUGAAUAAGAAGUGUGAUGUAGAAGCAGGAAGAAAUCUGAAUAUGAGGGUGGGAAAUGAAAUGAAGAAAUGAAGUCCAGAAUUCAGAAUGUAGACUCAUAAUUCAGAAUGUAGACUCAUAAUUCAGUUGCAUUAAAACUCAUUGGAUGAAGCCUUAAGAUGAAAAGCAAAUGAGCCACAUGCAAAGCAGGUAAUCUGUGUGACACCUAGAAGCAAAGAUGGAGGUGCAUGCCCUUUUUGGGAGUCCUUCUCCAGUGACUAUUGUAAUGGCAUGCGGAAAUAACAUUGAGAUUCAGGGGAUAGAGCUAGAGCCAGGUCAACAGUUCAGUAAGUGGCAGCUUAGCCUGCAAAGGAAUGUGGGCAUGGCAAACAUUUCAGAAGGGACCCUCCAUAGAAUCUUGGACUGUAAAGGUGUGGGAGGGAGAGAUGUAUUUUCAGACUUGCAAGCAGGGAUGGGCGGCUGGGGGAUCACAAGGGUUCGGAAGAACUUCUAGCUAAGAUUCUGUGCAGUUUGGAGAACCCCCAAAUCCCACUCCUGGCUCACCCCGCACACCCCACCCCUUCCCUCCCAGAAGUCCCCACACAGCCCGUUUUGAAUGCAGUUAAGUGCAGGGAGCACGCAGAGGCUCAGGAAGGAUGAAAAAUGGGCCUACGGGAAGUUUGGGAAGCCAGAAACGGGCCCGUUUCCGGCCUCCAGAUGGCCUCCAGAGGCUGAGGAGGCCAUUUUCACCCUCCCAGAGACUCGAGGAAAGCCUCCGGAGCCUAGGGAGGGAAAAAAACACCCACACACCAGUGCAGGAGGCAGACUAGGCCACAACCACCCAGCAACCAGGCAGAGAACCCCUUGCUAAAAUUUUUGAAGCCCACCCCUGCUUGUAAGUUUCAGUGAGUGUAACCUUACAAUAAAGUUAGAGCUAUGGUGGUACUUCUGGGUGUGCAUCUUGUUUGAACAAUCCUGCAAGGAUGACAACCGUCACCUUUAUGGGUCAUUCACUGUUUCCUGAGUACAGAAACAGAUGAAUUUGUCCUUAUCUCAAUCUCAGGGCACCCCACGUCUUUACUAUAUGUUUGAGUUUCUAUUCAGAACUGUUGUUUCCCAAUCUGAGCUAUCAUAAACUCUUUCCAGUACUUUGUUCUAUUUAAUAGCACCCCCAGCUCCCACUGGCUGCAAUGCCUGGCAUGUCUGUUCUCCUGCAGUGGUUGGCCACUGUUCUGGGUAGCCAUUUCACCCUGAAUUAUCAGACUUACGUUCUAUGAUGCUUAGCAGGAGAUCCAAUUCUAGCCUGUUAAGUCGAUGGAUUAUCCUUAAACCUAAAAACUCAACUCCAUUCAACCCUUACAUUUCUCAGCGGGCCGCUUUUCAAUUUCUACCCAGGAUGGGUAAAACAAAUCUUUGUUUUUCCAACCCCCAUCUUGCAAAACUUCCUUUCCUUAAUUUUUUUUAAUAGUAGCUAUAGGUUGCAAAAUAAGUACACUGUCACUUUGUUUCUACAAAGGAAGAGAGGAACAUAAAAACAAUCGUUCCUUUUGCAUUGAUUAUUGUAGGAUUGGAGCUUUGAUGGCAUUGUUGGGGAAGGGAGGAAAAGAAGGGUCAAAGGAGAUAAUUGGGAAGGGGCUACAAGCAUCCACAUGUGAAACAUCUGGUAAAGUAAAGAAAAAGAUUGGGGACUAAUGAGAAGGAAAACCCAAGCAAGGAUUAAGACUUGUGAUGGCCAGAUUUAGUACCCACCCAAUUCUGUUGCCAACCCAUUGCAAUUUGGACUAGAAUUUUCAGUCACUUUUAGAAGCAGUAGCAACAUGGGAGACAAGCAGCUUUAACUGCAAUGCAGAAUUGUCCUAUGUUCACAUACUUACUGAACCAUAAAUUAUCCAGCUAAAUUUAAGCAGUGAAUUGUGCAAAGCUGCCCACCUUUUUAUGGUUGAGUAUAUUGUGAAAAUCUUGGGGAAAAUUGAGUAACUUGGGGUUAGGUUCAUGAGUUAGCAUGUUGAAUUCUACAGCAACAGUCUGUCUAUUCCCAAAUCAGUUUUCAGGGGUGGCAGCUCAAGCUAAAUUCUGUACCAGCUGGCUCCUUGUAAGAUGGAUCUUGUUUGCAAGAUAAUUUACUUUUAAAUUAACAAGUGACUUUUAUAGGUGGUGGUAGGGAUGCACCCUUUUGAGGAGAGCAAUUUGGCAGACCCGUGGGACCCACUGGAAGGAGCUAGCAUUUUUUUCAUUUUGCUUCAUGUGUAAAAUGUGGCUUUCCAAGCGUAUGAAACCUAUUUAAAAAUGGAAAAUAUAGUUUUUGCAGGUUUUUUCUAUUUCUUGCCUCAAAAUGGCAGGAUGCUACAAAGUCAAGGAUAGCCAGAUACAAAAGAAUGAAUUUUAAAACCCUACAAAUUACCUAAAACGUACACGAAACAAGAGUUUUCUUAUGGUUCCCAAAACUUGGAAGCAGUAAUAAUUCCCAAAUCAUCUGAAGAUUUUAUUGUUUCAUCAGACAUUCUUCUCUUUGUUUAAACUUUGUGAGCAUUGUGUUAUGAUUAGAGUUUGCUUAAUUGUCUUUUCUUGUAAAUCCAGGUCAGCAGCACCUAAUGCUCUGUUUAGAGGAUAUAGAUCUCAUAGGUAAUAAGUGAAAAUACCAGGAGGUCUAAACAUUAUUUCAAUUAAAAUCUGAAAGCCCAUCUAAACCUGUGUUGGGUUUGGAUUCAGGCAUAGAAGCAAAACCCAGCAAAUGGUUGCACCCAGAAGCAGAACUCAGAAUCUUGACCUUUAUAGGAAUAAAGGCACAGCAAAUCAAAGGGUCCCCCAAGCAGAGAAGCUUAAAUGUAUUGAUCUCGAUGGGGAGAUGAAUCUGUCUGUACGUGUCAACAAAAAAUAUCUGAUGUAAAUGCAUAGACUAUAGGAGGGAAGUCUGCAGGCUGUUUGCGUCACAAAGCUAUUUGUAUUCAUAAGCUGUUUAUUUAAUCUUUUCAUGUAUUAAUUAUGUGAUUCCCAGGGCAGUGUAUUAUAAACAGACUGCAGCUUUCAAGAAAUCAGUCAUCACCACCCAAAACACAGAAGCACAGACAAACUAAUAACACAGUAGCAUUUUGCACACAUUAGGGCCAUGGAGUUUAGUGCUGUGGUUGCUGUUAUGAUUUAAACCCAGGGGUGGAAUCCAGCAGGUUCUGUCAGAUUCUGGAGAACUGAUAGCAGAAAUUUGGAAUGGUUCAGAGAAUCAGUAGUGGAAAUUUUGAGUAAUUCGGAGAUCCGGCAAAUACCACCUCUGGCUGGCCCCAGAAUGGGGUGGGAAUGGAGAUUUUGCAAUAUCCUUCCCCCAGGAGUGGGGAGGGAAUGGGGAUUUUGCAGUAUCCUUCCCCUGGAGUGGGGUGGGAAUGGAGAUUUUGUAUCCUUCUCCUGCCAUGCCCACAAAGCCAUGCCCACCAAGCCACACCAUGCCCACCAAGCCACGGCCACAGAACCAGUAGUAAAAAAAUGGAUUUCACCACUGUUUAAACCCACUGUGUCCCUAACCCCUGGUCCGUGGACUGACAAUGAUCCACGGCAUGUCAGAAACCAGGCCACGCAAAAAAGCAAAGCCCCAUCCGUGGGAUGCAGGCAGCA